AUGGAUAUUCACUGCAAAGCAGACCCCUUCUCAGCGAUGCACCUAUCCCACGCAGGGCACGGCGGUGUGAACCAGCUCGGCGGGGUGUUCGUGAACGGCAGACCCCUCCCGGACGUGGUGAGGCAGCGGAUCGUGGAGCUGGCCCACCAGGGCGUCCGGCCCUGCGACAUCUCCAGACAGCUACGGGUCAGUCACGGCUGUGUCAGCAAAAUCCUCGGCAGGUACUAUGAAACCGGCAGUAUUAAACCCGGAGUCAUUGGUGGCUCCAAACCAAAGGUUGCAACCCCGAAAGUGGUGGAUAAAAUUGCAGAAUAUAAGCGCCAGAAUCCAACCAUGUUCGCUUGGGAGAUAAGGGACCGACUACUGGCUGAGGGCGUCUGCGACAACGACACAGUCCCCAGCGUUUCAUCCAUCAACAGGAUUAUCCGCACCAAAGUCCAGCAGCAAUUCCACCCGUCCCCUGAUGGAUCUGUUACGCCGCUCUCCACGCCCGGCCACACCAUAGUGCCCAGCACAGCCUCCCCUCCUGUGACCAGCGCCUCCAACGAUCCCGUAGGAUCCUACUCCAUCAACGGCAUUCUGGGUAUCCCCCGCUCCAACGGCGAGAAGAGGAAACGAGACGAUGUUCUCUGGAGUGGCAACCACUUGGAUGGAAGGAAAAUAGGACAUUAUGGCUCUGAUGGCUCAGGCCCCGGCAGCGACUCUCAGGGCAGUGUGGAGAGUUUAAGGAAGCAUCUGCGAGCAGACGCCUUCACCCAGCAGCAGCUGGAGGCCCUGGACCGUGUGUUUGAACGUCCGUCUUACCCUGAUGUCUUCCCCACUUCAGAACACAUCAAACCUGAGCAGGCGAAUGAGUAUUCUCUCCCAUCCCUGAAUGCUGGCCUGGAAGAUGUGAAGCCUAGCCUCUCCACCAGCGCCAGCUCCGACCUCGCCUCCAGUGUCUCCCAGAGCUACUCUGUUGUGACAGGUCGAGACAUGGCCAGCACCACCUUGCCUGGCUACCCGCCUCAUGUCCCCCCGACAGGACAAGGCAGCUACCCCACCUCCACACUCGCUGGAAUGGUUCCUGGAGGGGACUUUUCUGGAAACCCUUACUCUCAUCCACAAUACACCACUUACAAUGAGGCAUGGCGGUUCAGCAAUCCAGCAUUACUAAGUUCCCCUUAUUAUUAUAGUGCCGCAUCCCGUGGCUCCGCACCUCCCACUGCUGCCACUGCCUACGACCGCCACUAG